UGGCAAAAGUGACUGUGGGAAGGAUGGGUCGACCAAUACCUGCAUCCGCAUCAUGUGAUCUAACCUACACAAUGCCAGGUUUUGCACAUCCUAUCUGGAAAGGAGAUGUGUGUUGCUCCCAAUGCUGGUUCCAGUGGAUAAGAUCUUCUUUAUCAAACUUGUUUUCGAGUGAGUUUCAAAACAUGUCGGGCUCUGCCAGGCAGAAAAAAGGAUCUUUGCAGCAACAUAAAUGUGGUUUCUGUAGGUCAAACAGAGACAAGGAAUGCGGGAAGUUGCUUAUGUCCAGUAACCAGAAGGUGACAGCGCAUCGUAAAUGUCUGCUGUUUUCUUCAGCACUUGUAUCUACACAAUCAGACAGUGAAAAUAUUGGUGGGUUUUCCAUAGAAGAUAUACAGAAGGAACUGAGAAGGGGGAAAAAACUGAUGUGCACACUCUGCCACUGUCCUGGAGCUACAAUUGGCUGUGAUGUGAAGACCUGCCACAGGACCUAUCAUUAUCACUGCGCUCUGCACGAUAAAGCCCAGACACAGGAAAACCCAUCGCAAGGAAUAUACCUGAUAUAUUGUAGAAAACACAAGGAACAGAUGCAGAACUCAGAAGAUGAGUUAGGAGGAGGAUUUGGUCACAGAGACUUGAGUCCAUCGCCCCGUAAACGUGGCCGAGGUAGAGGAUCGCGUGGAAAUUCAAGAACCACAAAUUCCAGAGGGAAGUCUGAGGAGAGCAGACUCCCAUCUUCACACUGUACAGAAGAGACAGAAAGCAGCUCCAGCAGAGACAGGUCACCUCACAGAAGCAGUCCAAGUGACACUAGACCGAAGUGUGGGUUCUGUCAUGCGGGUGAUGAAGAGAAUGAGACACGAGGCAAGCUCCAUGUAUUUAAUGCAAAAAAGGCUGCUGCUCAUUACAAAUGCAUGCUUUUCUCCUCGGGUACAGUCCAGCUCACAACAACAUCAAGGGCUGAAGUUGGAGAUUUUGAUAUUAAAACUGUGAUACAAGAAAUGAAGCGAGGCAAGCGAAUGAAGUGUACGUUAUGUGGUCUACUUGGUGCAACAAUCGGAUGUGAAAUUAAGGCCUGUGUGAAAACAUAUCAUUAUCACUGUGGCGUAGAGGACAAAGCUAAAUAUAUUGAGAAUAUGUCACGGGGGAUUUACAAACUCUAUUGUAAAAAUCAUAGUGGUAAUGAUGAAAGAGAUGAAGAAGAUGAAGAACGUGAGAGCAGGAGCAAAGGGAACGCAACAGGUGGACUUGACAAUAACACUCCACAGCAGGUCAAUGGAAACUGAGACUCGAACAUCUUGAUAAGCAUGAGAUGCCUGGACCCAGGGACAGACCAUCCGUUUGCGGUUGGGGAAUGCUGGACAUUUUUCAAGUUCCAAGUUGCAUUUUAUUGACACUUGUGAAAAGGAUGUUAGGUCCCCCCCUCUCUCCCUUGACUUCCUUCCUCACAUCCACCUCAUAAAAUAUAAAUAUAUAUUUAACAUUUUGAUGGUUUCUUUUAAAAUAUACGUUUUUGAAAGAAUUAAUGAAAAGAAGUUGUAGUAAACUUGCCAAAGUGUCCAAAAACACUGCAAGGCAUUUUGUGGCCAUGGAAUAAAUGAAAGUUUAUGCUUAUUUUAUAAGCAGGCAGGCUUUAUUUUUAUUUUUUUCUUCUUCUUCUUCUAUUCUUUUUUCCUGUCUCCCAUUAUGUCAACCUGAAAUGUAUACCUUACACUGAGGCACAGCCAUUGAGCAUGGUAAUAUUUUAUUAUCUGAUAAAGGAAUGAUGUGCUUGUCUAUACUACAUAACAUAUGUACAUUGUCUGAAUUUAAUUGUUUAGGCAGAGAGAAUGUGGAGUGUAAACUACAUGUCUGCAUGGUCCUCGGACCGGCCAGUUAGCACUAAUCAGAUCUCCAAUUUCAGUUCACGUCUUUAAACCUAUUGAAGGGAAACAUUGGAUCUAUUGGCCAAUUAGUACAUCCUCAUUGUUUUAGGGUUUUUUUCUCUCCCGUUGUGUUUUUUUUUUUUUUAAAUCUGUGCAUACCCUAUUUUACCAUGCGUGCGUAUGUGUAUACAUAAAAAAACAAAAAAUAAAAUUACGGAUUUAAAAAAAAAAAAAAUAUGAACAUGCAAUAGGGAAGUAUAGGGUCUAUUACUUAUAGCACCAAGGAUUACCUGAGGAAUCUGUUAUUGUUUUCAAAGCGCUUACGUGUCCUAAUGCAUUUUCUAUUAAUUAAUGUUUAUUAUUGCUAAACAAAAACUAGUCUUGUUAAUAUAAAUGUAAGUGCAUUUGUUUUUUAUUUUUAAUGUUUUUUUUUUUUUUUGGGGGGGGGGAGGGGGGGGAUGCUGAAUGUGUAGGAUAUUUUGCAGCGUUCCUCUUGGCACCCCUCCACACACUAUUUAUUUCUCUAUCUUUUUACUGGUGAUCACCACCUUGUGGAGCGAUUUCAUGGUCUAAAACAGUAUCCCGAAGCAUAAUUUGCCCAUUCAUUAGAUAUAAGUGACUGGUUCGUAUGGAUUAAUGGGUUAUAUACCCAAUAUUGUUUGCUGCCACCACUAUAAGGAGGUUAUGGGUACACUUUAUAAAUAACUGGCUCCCUAUGUUCCAUAUAAUGUAUUUUUCUUAAGAACACAAUGGCAGUCUAUAAUGUGUUUUUAAUUUUGAAAAAUCUGUAAGAAAAUUAGUGAAUAUUCAUUUUGAGGGAGAAACUACUUGGACACUUCAAUUGUUUCUAUAUAGAAGGGGAUUUAUCAGCAUGACCUUUGAUUAUGAAACAUGCCAGUACUUCUUACAUGUUAUAAAAAGUAAUCUCAACCUCUUGUGACUCCAAGGUAACCGUACAUUUUGCCCAUUAAAAAAUAAAAGAAAGUACCUGUGUUGGCCAAGACACUGUUCAAUACACACAGUCAAAGCUCCAUAAUUAACAAUUAUUGCUGUGAGCCAGCGCUUUAAUUAUUUAAUAUAUCUAGGGGUACUAUGUAAUGUCUGAUAUUUAAUUGGGUACUGUAGAGAGGCUGGUUUUUAAUAUACAUCAGAACCUUACGGUGGUAAAAGUAAAGUCUGUAUUUGUACCUUUUAUCAGUUAACAAAAUACAAAACUCAAGUUUAAAACACAUAAAAAAUAAAUAUAUAUAUAUAUAUAUAUAUAUAUAUAUAUAUAUAUAAUAAAACAAAACAUUUUAUUUAUUUUUGGGGUCUCCAUGGUUCUUUCCGCUAUUAGAAAGUGUCUGUAGAGUGUUUUUCAUAGCUCUGAUUCUGUUCAUGCCAUACCUACAUAUAUUGAAUGUCCUGUAGGUACCAAUAUACUAGGUUAAAAAAAUGAAAAAUAAUAAUCCAGCUGUACCGUACUAAUGGAAAUUAACGGUAAGGGGCAACGUGUGCCAGAAAUGCAGCAUGUAUUGUUUUCAGUGCAUCCUUCUUUUUAUGGUAAGUAUUGAAGCUUAUAAAAUAUAUACAUUUUGUUUUACCAUAGAGAUUACAUAAUGACGGUCAUCCUAGCUGCACUGACUUCAGCUUUUUUUCCGUUUACCAUUACAUAAUAAAUUGCUUCCUGGAUUUUUUCAGUGGGUUUCUGCUGAUUAGAUUUCAGCCCCCACACUUGCUUUCUAAAAAAAUAUCACAAACCCUUAGCAACACUACAUAUAUUGUUAAAAUGUCUAGCAAUUAAUAUAUGAACAUUCUUUAAACUAAUGGAAAAACAUACCCCGCUGAGCUAUGUACAUGCUUUCCACCAGAUUGGAAAACAAUCGGCCUUGUUGUAGAGUAAGGAGCCAUAAGUUGCUGUCUUGGCUUGGAUAUUGCACCAUCUAAGCACACGGUCCCCUAGGUGUAGUAAUACAAGCGAGUGAGCUUUGAGACGGCACAGAUGCCUUGCACUGUAACGACUGCCCACACAGAGCUUCCAGGUGAUCUCGGGCAGUUAGCUUCACUUUAUUUUUACAGUAUGUUCCCACUAAUAAUGACUGACGGCGAUAAUUGCUUUUGUUAUAAGCGUUAACUGUGUAAUGGUCUUUUCAGUCAUUUUCUUCGCAGCCAGCCACGAAUCAGGAUUUCAGGACAAAUGCAUGUUUGUAUAGUGAUUAUCUUUAGGAGCUAUUUAAUUGCAUCUUCAUUGCUGACAUCCUAAAACUGUGAAAGGAUUAUGAUUUGGACAACCUUGUAAUAUAAUAUAUUGUACACUUUUAUUUGUUCAGUAAUGUUUGAAAAGUGCCUUACCAUGUAAAUAAUUGUAUUUGUAUAUUCUUGACGAGCAUCUUCUGGAUAGUGACCUGGUAAUGUUUAGUAAUAUGUACCGCUGUAUUUUGCUGUAACUGUCCGUAAGUGUAGUUUUACUAGUUAGGCAUGAAGAACUUAUUUAUAGUAGGUAUGUAACAUUUACAUGCAUUUUAUUUCAAGUCUGCCAUCGUUUCAUAACUAAGUAUGUAAGCUUUAUUACUCUGUUCUGGCACAUUUACUGUUAUACAGAAAUGUUGGGAUACUGUAACAGACUUGUUUUAUGGCUAAAUAUAGAUAUAAUGGUGACAUUCUCAUUCAUGGCAGAUUUUACGUUGUCACUUCUUUUUUUUUUUUUCUUUUCUCUCUAACUGCCGUGCAGCAGGGAUGGGAACCCAGGAAUGCCUGAUGUGGUGUUGUACACAGCUACCCAGUGCAAUGUUAUAGGUUUAGUUAUAGGUUUACACAUUCCUGCUAUAUGGUGGUUUAGGUUUUUCUUAUUUUGUUUUUAUUAUUAAAAUGGUUACACCAUCUUUAACCUGAAU